UACCGUCACUAAUCCCUAUUAAAAAGGGAUCACCGAGGUGGAGAGGGUGAAAAAGAUUUAGCAGUCUUGUUUUUGUUAUCAAGAAAAGUAUAGAUGGAAUCGUCGCUGACUCAUGUGAUGCUCGUCUCAUUCCCAUCACAAGGUCACAUAAACCCUCUUCUUCGUCUGGGAAAGCUCAUAGCCUCUAAAGGCUUACUAGUCACUUUUGUCACAACAGAGAAGCCAUUUGGCAAGAAGAUGCGUCAAGCCAACGAGAUUCAAGACGGCUCGCUUAAACCCGUCGGUUUAGGUUUCCUCCGGUUUGAAUUCUUCGACGAUGGAUUCUCUUACGACGACGUGGACAACGCUGGUUUGCUGCUAACACAGCUUGAAGUUGCCGGGAAACGAGAGAUCAAGAUUCUCGUCAAGAGAUACGAGGAAAAGAAUCAACCGGUGAGGUGUCUUUUAAACAACGCUUUUGUGUCGUGGGUGUGUGACGUGGCCGAAGAGCUUCAGAUCCCUUCGGCGGUUCUUUGGGUCCAGUCUUGCGCUUGCUUUGCUGCUUAUUAUUAUUACCAGAACCAGUUGGCUAAGUUUCCGACCAAAACAGAACCGGAGAUCGACGUUGAAGUCCCCUUCAUGCCAUUAGUGUUGAAGCAUGACGAGAUCCCAAGCUUUCUUCAUCCAUCCUCUCCGUUCUCCAGUUUCGCAGACAUCAUUUUACAACAAAUCGAGCGACUUCCAACGACCUCUUCAGUUCUCAUAGACACUUUUGAAGAGCUAGAACGAGACAUCAUCGACCACAUGUCUCAGGUAUGCCCUGAAGUCAUCAUCAAUCCCAUCGGACCCCUCUUCAUGAUGGCUAAAACCACGAGCUCUGAUAUCAAGGGAGACAUCUCUGACUCUGCAAAUCAGUGCAUGGAUUGUCUUGACUCGAAAGAACCAUCCUCCAUCGUUUACAUCUCCUUUGGGACUAUAGUCCACUUGAAGCAAGAGCAAAUCGACGAGAUCGCUCACGGCCUUCUAAACUCAGGCUUAUCCUUCUUAUGGGUGGUUCGGCCUCCUAUGGAAGGGUUAUCCCUGGCACCACAUGUGUUACCUCAAGAGCUCGAAGAUAAAGGAAUGAUCGUUGAAUGGUGUGCACAAGAGAGAGUGUUGGCUCAUCCCGCGGUUGCUUGCUUCCUAAGUCAUUGCGGAUGGAACUCAACCGUAGAGGCUCUAUCUUCUGGCGUUCCCAUUGUUUGUCUACCGCAGUGGGGAGAUCAAGUGACAAAUGCUGUGUACUUGGUUGAUGUGUUCAAGACAGGAGUAAGACUUGGCCGCGGAGAGGCUGAUGAGAAGAUUGUUUCAAGGGAGGUUGUGACGGAGAAGCUACUUGAAGCGACGGUUGGAGAGAAGGCGGUGGAGCUGAGAGAAAAUGCUCGGAGGUGGAAGAAGGAGGCUGAGGCUACGGUGGGGUAUGGUGGAUCAUCUGAUAAAAACUUUGGAGAGUUUGUGGAUAAGUUGGUUGCCAACAUCUGUUGAUAUCUAUAAUUAUUUUCACCUUCAGUUACAUCCAACAAGCUGGUGGUGACACACAUGGAGAUUGGAUGGUGUUUCAUUAUUUUCUCAAUAAUUUCGUAUUCAUUGCGAUAAAAAAAAUGUAAUCUU